AUGGAUCUCUGUCCAGCACAACUGCAAUUCCAGGAGAACAGACUGAUUUCAGAGUGUACUCCCCUUCAGCAAUGUGGGUAUUCCGAUUCUGAAGGCUACAGCAGCCUUUCACCAGCAUCCUCCAUUGACUCCUUUAGCUUCUCUCCUCCAUAUCAGUCCUGUGCCUUCUCCGAAGAUCCUUGCAGCAGUUUCCAAAAAGGCCUGUCUCUGCCAGAAAACCUGCAAACUAAAGAGAAACAACUACCAACCAAGAAGAGCCACAGGUUGAGAAACAGGACUUUGUCCACCCAAAGGCAGAGUGCCAGCGAGAGGGAAAAGAUGAGGAUGAGAAAUCUGUCUACGGCUCUCCAGCACCUAAGACGAUACCUGCCACCUGCAGUGGCCCCAGUUGGCAAGAGCUUGACAAAAAUUGAGACAUUGCGCCUGACCAUUCGCUACAUUUCACAUCUCUCUGAUGUCCUUGGCUUGGACGAUGAGACUUUGGAAAAAAGAAGGGAAGAAAGGCUCAGAAGAUCCAGAUGCCCAGUUGGCCUGAACUGCUGUCAAGGCGAAAUGCAUGAACUCUGCUCAAUGACUAGUGCAGUGGAGCUACAGAUCCUCCCUCAUUGCAUCACUUCUUCAAGAAUGUGCCCAACGAGAGAGGAAGGCAUGGACACAAACUACUUCUUACCAGCCAUACCCUCUCCUCAUUUCACAGAUCAUGGACUUCCUGAAGAGUUAGAAAGCUUCUCGCCAUGUGCAUUGAGCUCCAUUCCAGUCCAUACGUCUACAGUGGCAGACCUGAAAGAAGGCAUGUCUUCAAACCCUCCAAUUUCUCCCGACCUGGGAUUUUGUCAGGUAUGUAGCAACCAUUAUUUACCUGAAACCAAAUCACAAAACUGGUGUUCUAGUACUGUAUAG